UGAAUAUGAUGUUAAUUCAACACUCGUCCAUCAUGCAGUGAUAUAGAGUUAGUCAGAAGCAGAUCGUGUCAGGAACAAACACUCAGUGUGUAGAUCAGAGGAAGUGAACGAACACAGGAAGAGCUGAAAGUAUUUAAAGAAAGAGUUGAAGAGGAAGACGGUCAGAAAGAGAAGAUGUCUGAUAAGUGUGAUCUGUGUCUGCUGGGACUCAUCUUUCUCUCUUCACUUCUCACAGGUAUCAGUGGAGUGGAUGAUCAUGUGUUCAUCAGUUCUGGAGAAAAUGUCCGUCUGUCCUGUAAUAAUGCUCUUCAUGACUGUAGAUCAACUACAUGGAACUAUUAUAACAGACAUUCAGCAGCAGUUGAACUGAUCGGUUUAGGGAUAAAGAAGAAAGACACAAAGAAACAUGAGAGACUGAGUCUGGGGUCUGACUGCUCUCUGAACAUCAAGAACAUCACAGAAGAUGAUUAUGGACUUUACAGCUGCAGACAAUAUGUGAAUGAACAACAACAUGGAGCUGAUGCUCUUGUUUAUCUGCAUGUUCUUCAGAUUUCUUCAUCAUCUUCAUCAUCCUCACAGACUGAUAUCAGUGGAGACUCUGUGACUCUCUUCUGUCAGCUGUAUUCAUAUACUAGAGUCUCUUGUGAUGAUUGGAUCAGAUCUGAGAGAAUUGAGGUGUUCUGGGUGAAUCAGGCUGGUGUUAAACUGAAGAGAUCAGACUCCAGAGAUCAGAUAUUAUUCUCAUCAAAUCAGUGUAUCAUCAGUCUGAAUACAACACUCCUGAAUGAAGAUCUCAACAGAGAGUGGAGAUGUGAAGUUACUCACAGAGAUCAAGUCAAGACCUCAGUCACAUACACUGUCAGGAGAUCAGCUCGAGCUGAAACAACGACAGCAGAAACUUCACGAGCUCCAGAUUCAGUGACACAGAUUCCAGUCAGCAGCUCAAACUCUGAGAAGAAAUCAGGAGAAACUCCAGCCCCGACUUCUACACAAGACUCUUCAAACUCUGAGAAGAAAUCAGGAGAAACUCCAGCAGUUAUAACAUCAACAGAAACAGCACCAGUUUCAGACACUGCAGCAAGAUCUCUGCAUCAAGGGAUUGUGAUUGGGAUUAUUAUCAGCGCUUCACUCGCUCUUCUUCUUCCCGCUCUGAUUCUUUGGCUGAUUUGUAAAAAAAGGGGAGGUGUCAGAAAAAUGACUGAAGACUCUGUCGAGCAGACAGAUGAUGUGACUUAUACUGAAGUUACUGUGUACAAUAAACACAGAGCCAAGAAGAAGAAGGUUCGCUGUGAUGAUAAAGUGACUUACGCUUCCAUCGGAGAAGUUCAGGAAAACUGCAAUGAGCUUUAAGCAUCGGUGAACAAGAGCCAUCUCAAAUCAGACAAAUAAUUAUUCAUAAAACACAUAUUAUAUAAUUGACUAAAUACUUUCAGUGUCUUUUACAUCUUUUUAGUCAUUCAAGUCAGUUUAUAUCAUAUGUCUUUAUUAUUAAUUCAGUGUUUUGUGUUUGUAGUAUGUUUUAUUUGUCAAUUAUAAAACAGUUUUAUAAACAUGUAUGUAUGGUGAAAUACAUUUUCUAGCAUGUCAAGAUAAAUCUUUUUAUUACUGGAUCUGUGGGUUUCUCUGAGUAUCAGUUGAUUUAAUAAACGUUAGU